CCGAGGCAACAGCCCCGCGCGCAGCAGACCCAAGAAGGUGCUCGAGGUGGUCAAGCAGCAGCAGCAGCAGCCCGAGGGCCCCGACAGCGCCAGGGAGAAAGCGCCGCCCCACGCGGGCGGGAAGGAGCCCGGCCUCGGCAAGGAGCCGCCGUCGGGGGGCAGCCACGGGUGGUGCCGGCCAGCCGGCAGGCGCACUGCACGCAGGUGCGCACCCGGCGGCUGAUGAAGGAGCUGCAGGACAUCGCCCGCCUCAGCGACCGCUUCAUCUCGGUGGAGCUGGUGGACGAGAGCCUCUUCGACUGGAACGUGAAGCUGCACCAGGUGGACAAGGACUCGGUGCUGUGGCAGGACAUGAAGGAGACCAACACCGAGUACAUCCUCCUCAACCUCACCUUCCCGGACAACUUCCCCUUCGCGCCGCCCUUCAUGCGGGUGCUCAGCCCGCGCUUGGAGAACGGCUACGUCCUCGACGGCGGCGCUAUCUGCAUGGAGCUGCUCACGCCCCGCGGCUGGUCCAGCGCUUACACCGUCGAGGCGGUCAUGCGCCAGUUUGCCGCCAGCCUGGUCAAAGGCCAGGGCCGCAUCUGCAGAAAAGCUGGAAAAUCAAAAAAGUCCUUCAGUCGUAAGGAAGCUGAAGCCACCUUUAAGAGUUUGGUGAAGACCCAUGAAAAGUAUGGGUGGGUUACUCCUCCUGUGUCUGAUGGCUGAUAUCCUUUGCAACCCACACAUCAGACGCUAAACAGAACAACAUAAUGACAAAAAUGAAGUACUCUCUUUGACAUUUCCUUAAUGCUGUAUACCACAUCCAUCCUUUUUCUACUUCAGCUUCUGUUAGAUAUCAUGAAUGUCAAGAAGACAUCCAAAUUAUUUAUGAACAGAUCUGUUUGCAAAGGGAGGGAAGGGAAAUGCUAUAUAAGAUUAUAUUUUAAAACUGGCGAAUGAUCCGCUUGAUCAUCUUUAAAGUCACUUUAGAGCAGAUGCUGAAAUUGUAUCACUUGCCCCCCCCCACCAGCCCCUGCCCUGUUCUUCCAUCCAAGCCACAUUGUCACUGCUUGUUCCCAUGGCACAGCAACACCAACCAGCGGUACUGGAAACUCCAUCCAUUGUUGCUUAGUUCAUUUAAAUGUAAAACGAAGCAGUUAAUAUUUAAAUAGGGAAACAGUGCAUUGCAGAUCCAUGUUUGCUAUACUGUUUUAAUCUGUGUUUCCAAGCAGGUUGACCUAACUUGAAGAUGUGUUUUCUUUUGUUUUUUGUUUUUUUCCUGUGGAGCUGUGGUCUGCUGUGGCUAAAUUUUAGACCUCAUUUGUGCUCUGUAAUAUGACCUUCAGUUCAUGAAAACAGAAGUCUAGCAAAGACACAAGCUCUGAUGUUUUUCUAAAAACACCCAGUUGGUCAAAAUGUGCUAGCUAUGGUAAUAUUGUGGUGUGCUGUUGUUCCUGAUAAAACCAAUGUGAUCACAUGAAGGUCAGUUGAUGAAUUUUCUGGGUCCAGGAUGCAAGAGGGGUGGGUGGGCAAAUGCAUCAUAUCUUCCCUAUUGGAUGAGGUAUUAUUACAACAGCAUAUUUACCUGUCCACUUUUGCAGCAGCCAGACUAGGCAAAAGACAGACAAAUUUAAUCUUAAGUAAAUGGUACUCAAUUCGAAAUGAUGAACCUGUUACUAAAGUGAAGUCAGAUUUUUUUUUAGGCAUUUCUGUGACUAUUUGCAUGCCUAGAUUUUCCUGACCCCAAACAUAAUAAAGUACAUGAAGCCCCAUGUCAGAGAAUUAGUGAAUAUAAAUGUCCAGCAGAGUCCCAAAGGAUUUAAAGACUCCAUAUUAUGUUCCUAAGAAUACAACAGGUGAGUGUGAAAUGUGGAACCCAAAUGGAGAAUUGUGUUGGACGCAUUCUAAAUAAAAUCACCCAAACCA